AUGGCGCGCUUGGUCCUCACCAACUCCCGCGAGCUGGCAGAGGUCACCGCAACGGUGUACGACAGGAUGAUGGUGCCGGCGGACUGCCGUCUGGUGGAGGCGUGCGUCAAGGCUGGCAAGGCGUACGACGACCGCAGCCAGGAGCUUCGCCAGGCCGUGAAGAACGGGGACGAGGUGGCGUAUGCGGACGAGGAGAUGCAGGAUCUGGUUCGUGGGACGCUGGCGGAGGUCUCGAAGUAUGAACUCCAAGAGAUGGGCCAGCUGGUGCGCAUGUUCAAGCUGAAGGUCCACAAGCCGCAGGAGGGCGUGCAGAAGAUGGCGCACUUCGCGUGGGCCCUCGACCAUUCGCACCGUGCCGCCGACGACCUGAACGCGACCAUCCGCUCCCUCUUCACGAAGGCAGGCGGCACGAGGUUGACGGGCGCAGCUCCGCGGGGCCCUCUGGAGAGGGAGAUCAGCCGCCUGCUGCAGGGCAAGGGCAAGGGCAAGGGCACGGCGUAG